AUGGUGAUAAAGAAAAUCCAAGAAAACCCACUUCCAGGGGCUACUCAAAUGGAGCCAGAUAAGCCCAAGGAUUUGCCACAAUCUGCUCCAAAGACAACUGUAACAGGACCAACCUCUCGCUUUAGCUUCCCCUCAUUGACAAAGACUCCACCCAAUGAAUUGUACAGGAAAUUGUUGCCUGCCAUACUUUUUGUCCUCACAUUUGUUACUGUUAUGACAAUGCUCCUCAUUUAUAUGGAUACAGUUGCUUUAGGUGCUCAGCAGUUCCGUCUUAACAUGUCUCGUGACUAUCAGCUGGCUCGCAUCCCUGCUGAAUCAGCAACAUUGGUAGCUUAUGUGAGGCAAUUGCACCUUGCUCCAAGGCCACCUAAGAGCCCACCUCCUGUGCCAUCAAUUACUGAUAGAGUGGAAGUACUUGAUAAACUCUAUGGAGAAAUUUACAACGGAACGUUUGUCGAGUUUAUGCCGCGCGGCGGCCGUGAGCCUACCACGGCUUAUCUUGAAACUGUUCGUGAUUGGAGAGGAGUUGUAGUAAGAGCGGCUCCUAGAGAUUUUUUGGCACUGCGAGGCACAGCCAGUGCUCUAAACGCUUGUCUAAGCCCUACGACACAUCCUAGUCAGGUGAGCUACAAAGAGCCGGAAAGCAGCGGCAUAUCGUUCAGUUCGCCGGUGCUCUGCCUACCUUUGUACACGGUGCUGUUGGCAGCAGAUGCCGCCACUGCGGAUUACGCCCUUAUUGCUGGAGACUCUGCCCCUGCUGCGCUCACUCACUUGCCUUUUAAUGAACCCAGUGUUCGGCUACAGGUAAUCGAAUUCCGUUCAACGGACAUGUCGGCUCGUAACAGAACUACGGAAUUCCUCCUCGGUAAGAACUACACUGUAGCGGCUGAGUUCCGAGACGGCGUUAUGUACGCACUUAAAAAAUAG